GUUCUGCACCAGUUACACGGUCAUGGGGAAAACUAUUAGCUGCUCUGUUUUAGUAGCUUUAAUAUCUUGUUUUGACUUACAGCUGCAGUUUGGCACUGCUUCACACACUAUAACGGCAUCAAAAUCCAUCAAAGACCCUGAUGUUAUAAUCUCCCAGAAUGGUGUUUUCCGCUUGGGAUUCUUCAGCUUGGCUAACUCCAGCAGUCGUUAUGUAGGGAUAUUGUACCAUCAAAUCCCCGUACAAACUGUUGUAUGGGUGGCAAAUAGAAACAGGCCUCUCAAAGACUCUUCUGGGAUUCUCACCAUAUCAGAUGAUGGCAACCUUGUUGUUUCCAAUGGAAAAGCUGAGAUUCUUUGGUCAACAAAUGUUACGAAUUUGAUCCCUAACGCAACAACUGCACAGCUUUUAGACUCUGGAAACCUUGUCCUCAAUAACGGUGAGAAUGGAGGAAGCAGCAUCUUAUGGGAGAGUUUUCAACACCCUUCUAAUGCAUUUCUUCAAACUAUGAAGAUCAGCACUGAUGUAAAAACGGGUCGUAAGGUGCAGACGAGAUCAUGGAAAAGCCUUGAUGAUCCAUCUGAUGGCAACUUUUUUCAAGGCAUUGAACCUUUCAGCAUCCCGGAGGGUGUCGUUUGGAACAAUAACCAGAUAUAUUCUCGGACCGGCCCAUGGAAUGGUCGUAUCUAUAUCGGUUUAAUAAAUGUUAAUAGAGUUUAUUUUGAUGGGUUUUAUGUGGUUGCAGAUGAUGUAGAAAAAACCUAUUACGAAACUUACGAAUAUUCUACUGAUUCUAGGUUGAUAUACUAUGAAUUAGAGUCUGACGGAAGAUUCGUUGAACGAAUAUGGGAUGCGGGGAAAGGGGACUGGAUAACCGGGUACUCUAGUUAUCGAACAGAUUGUGAUGUUUAUGGAAAGUGUGGGGCAUUUGGAAUCUGCGAUUCAACGAAACGACCCAUUUGCAGUUGCUUGAAAGGGUUUAAGCCUAGGAAUAUAGAAGAAUGGAGUCAAGGUAAUUGGAGUAGUGGGUGUUUUAGGACUACCCCUUUGCACUGCCAAAGAGAUAACAACAACGGAAGUGAAGUAGGCCAAGGAGAUGAUGGGUUUUUAAAGCUGAAGAAGACGAAAGUACCGGCAUUUCCAGACCAGUCAUCAAUAACUAACGGCGAAUGCAAAGAUCAAUGCAUGAAGAAUUGUUCGUGCGUGGCUUAUGCGUAUGAUGCUGGCAUUGGUUGCAUGUUAUGGAGUGGAGAUUUGAUUGAUGUCCAGAAAUUCUCUACUCGGGGAGUCGAUCUUUACAUUCGUCUGCCAUCUUCGGAACUUGAUACAGGGAAACAUACUAAGGUCAUUGUUAUUACAACAGUAAUUUCAGGCAUGCUCGUGAUUAUAAUAAUUUCUGCACUCUUCGUAUCGCGUAGAAUGGGUCAACAAAGAGGAAGGAAUAAAAGACGGACACAGAUCAAACACAAAUUUCAUAGUGAAAAUAUAGGAGAAAGUUCAAUCGGUGUUAAACUCCAGCAGCUUCCACUAUUCAAGUUCGAAGAACUUGCCACCGCGACCAACAACUUCCAUCCCGAGAAAAAGCUAGGGCAGGGUGGUUUUGGUCCGGUUUACAAGGGAACAUUAGAUGAUGGAAAGGAAAUAGCAGUGAAGAGAUUGUCGAAAGCUUCGGGGCAAGGUUUGGAAGAAUUUAUGAACGAAGUGGUGGUUAUUUCUAAGCUCCAACAUCGAAAUCUGGUUAAAUUGUUUGGGUGUUGUGUUGAAGCAGAAGAGAAUAUGCUCGUCUACGAGUUUAUGCCAAACAAAAGUUUGGACGCUUUUCUAUUCGAUCACGUUAAACAAAAACUCUUGGAUUGGAGAAAACGCUUUAAUAUUAUUGAAGGGAUCAGUCGAGGAUUACUUUAUCUUCAUAGAGAUUCAAGAUUGAAGAUUAUACACAGAGAUCUAAAAGCAAGUAAUGUUUUACUUGACCAAGAGCUAAACCCAAAAAUUUCAGAUUUUGGGAUAGCCAAGAUCUUCGGAGGUGACGAAAAUCAAGCCAACACUAAAAGGGUUGUUGGAACUUAUGGUUAUAUGUCUCCUGAAUAUGCAAUGCAAGGGCGAUUUUCAGAGAAAUCUGACGUGUUCAGCUAUGGAGUUCUAUUACUAGAGAUUGUUAGUGGAAGAAGAAACACAAGCUUUUACAACAAGGAUGACCUUAGCCUCUUCGGAUAUGUCUGGAAAUUAUGGAACGAAGGCAACAUUUGGGACUUAGUAGACAAGGUGAUUUCAAAGUCAGAAUCAGAUUUAAAGAAUAAGAAAGAAAUAUGGAGAUGCAUACAUAUUGGAUUGCUAUGCAUUCAAGAAUAUGCUAAAGAUAGGCCCACUAUGUCUACUAUUGUUUCAAUGCUUAACAGUGAGAUUUCAGAUCUCAACACUCCAAAACCACCUGCUUUCACUCAAGGACCACUAAUGAGCCAUGAUGUUGAAGAUACGGUUUCAGUUAAUGAUGUAACUUUUACAAACCUUGAUGGUCGAUAAGAUAGAAAUUAAUUAUUUGUAGUGUUUACAAUUAGAGUUCAAGCAGUGAAAUUUAUUUUUAUAUA